AUGCUGGAACAACAGAAAUCAAAUAGCGUGACCAUGAGCGGAAAGAUUAUCUUCUUCGAGGGGAGAAACUUCCAGGGCCUCUCGUAUGAGUGCAUCAGUGACUGCUCUGAAAUCGCCUCUCACCUGAGCCGCUGCAGCUCCUGCAGGGUGGAGAGCGGGACGUUCAUGGUCUACGACCAGCCCAACUACACGGGCCAGCAGUACCUCCUGACCACGGGAGAGUACCCAGAGUAUCAGAACACCAUCGGCUUCAAUGACUGCAUCCAGUCCUGCCGUGUUGUCCCUGUGCACAAGGGACCCUUUAAGCUGAGGAUCUAUGAAAAAGACAACUUUGAAGGGCAGAUGCAUGAACUGACCGAGGACUGCGACUCCAUCCAGGAUCACUAUCACAUGUCUGACAUGCAGUCCUGCAACGUGAUGGAAGGCUACUGGUUGAUGUUUGAGCAGCCCAACUACGAGGGCAGGAUGUUUUAUCUGAGACCAGGAAAGUACAAGAACCUCAGAGAGAUCAGCAGUGAUGAUGUGAGGUUCAAUUCAAUCAGACGCAUCACAGAAACUGUCUAAUGAUUUAUAUUAAGAUGAUAAGUUUUGCAGAUGCUUUGUUUUAUGAAUAUUAACAAGUUGUUGUUUUGUUUUUGAGAGGCAAAAAGACGGAGCCUUAUUUUUAUCCUGAAACUGUGAUUUGUGCAUUGUUUGCAUGUUUUUCCAGUUGUACUGUGCAAUCCAGCCACAAUGAAUUUACCUCUUUAACUGUGUGACGCGCAAAAUAAAAUGAUUUGCUGCA